AUGGGUGCAAGUGUAUGCAGGUACGAAUAUACACGGGGAAAGAUGUUCAUUGGACAAAUGCAUAUGCUGGAACGACAAAUACAAGUUCGAAGUAUCAAACUUACUUUAACUGGAGAAUGCAGAGUAAAAUGGAAGGUUGAUUCAGGUGGAGAUGAUGAGAAGACUUACAAAUCGCAUGAAGUGUAUUUUGUAAGACACAUCUUUCUGUAUGGGCAAGAAAAUUCCCAACAAGAUGUGUCUAUCACUCCUGGUUUGUACAAUUCACCAUUUCAGUACCAACUUCCAACUGCUAUUCCUUCAAAAUUUGUAUCAAAAUAUGGAACCGUUUCAUACACAAUCGCCGUCUCUGUGGAAUCUAGUGGAGUUUUCGCAAGUGAUGAAGCUAACACCUUCGUUAUGGAUGUAUAUAAUCCAACCAGCCCACCAGCACCUCUUAGGCCGAUCCGAUUGUUUGGGGAAGGUGAAGACACUGGCUGUUUUGGUGGUCUUGAAAUGAUAAAAUUUGAGUUGACAACUGACAAAAAUUAUUAUAGCCCUGGGGAAUCAAUAUUGGUCGAUGGAUAUGUUAUGAAUGGAAGUUCAGUCGCAACAGAAAAAGUCAGAAUGUCGCUUGUACAGCAUUUGACAGUGUAUGGCCGGAGGUCUGAUUUUUCAUUCACCUCUUCGGGAAACUUGAAAUCUAAAGAAAAAAAGUAUUUAGUAGCUCAAUGGGAUUGUGAGAAUGUGAGGCCUCGAGGUACAGUCAAUCUUGUGAAUCGAAGAUCUAUUGCAAUCCCAGGCAUACCUGAAUCUGACCUAAAACAUUGUCAAUCGAUUGAUGUCAAGUAUUCUUUGCAGUUUGAAGUUUUGCUUUCUGGAUGGUGUUCCAUGACAAUCAUAAGCAAUCCUGUUGCAAUAUUCAUAGGAAAUAAUCAACAACCUCAACAUCAGUCGGGCGUAACACCUUCUGCUCCUGCGGCAGAUGCAUACACACUACACGACCAAGGUGAUAUGUCUUCUGCUGCUCCUGGAUAUGAGACUUUGUCACCACCAGGGCCAAAAGAACCUCCUCCACCAAACUAUGAUGAUGCAAUUAAAUAUGGUUCAGCGGUGACUACAUCAAACGCUGAUUCGAAACCUAGUGCCCCCCCAUCAGCUGACACACCUAAUAUGGGGACUUAUUAUGAUUGGAGUCAGUCGGCAUUUACAUACAAAUAAGAAUGCUGAAUUAAUUGCAUGCAUACGUCAUAAUCAUUUAAAGUGAAGCUUAACUAGAAUCAAAACGAUCAUGUUGCAUUUAACCAUAUAACAAUCAUGGUGAUAUUAUUAUCCUCUAAAGAAGGUUGAAAUACGGUACAAAUUUGUUUUACAGCAAGCGCGUAGUUGUUUUAGUGUCAUAUUUUGUUGUUAGUCAUUCCACCACUUGAAACUAUUAAGGAGUAGUUGCUAUCCUCCAGUUACUUUUUCAUAGAUCAAAAAGAGAACAAGUUGAUAAUUUUGCUAUUUUGUUGUUGUUCUGAACUUUUUCCCCUCUCUCUACUUUUAGUCACACAAAUUCACCAUAUUACAGGUUAUACAUUCAGCUGGAUGUCAGUCAUUCAAACCUGAGCUGAUCCAUUUGAGUAGUGCUCUCUAGUUUUCACGUGUUGUGAAUAUUUCUAGUUUUAUACUGUUUGUGUCUUUGUUAAGGGUGCUUUGAAAACGAAUCAUUGGAUAGAUUUACAUUUAAUUAUUGUGGGUUGCUUUAGUUACAAAUUGCUAUGGCUUUGUUAUCAGAUAUGCUAACAAUGACACAACAUAGAAAGUCCUGAAGAGCCGUUUAGUAUGUUAAAGAUCAUUUGUAUUGUACAACUAUUAAAGUAUGAAAUAUUGUGUUAUCAUUCUACAUGCAAAUAACAUUUUUUUUUUAAAUUAGUUACACCAAUCAAUAUAUUUUAGCUUUUUAUCAGUUUUAGGGGAACUUCAUAAUAUCAGUGUUAAGAUUAUCCUAAUUUUUAAGUAAUUUCUGAACCAUCUUGCCCUUUUAUUUCAUUUGCCAUAUCGUAACUGCAUUUGCGUAAUAAAAAAAACAACAACAUGG